GGGCUGAGGGGGUGGUUCUGGCAGCUGCAGCUCGUGGCCAUGGAGUGGGGCUCGGAGUCGGCGGCUGUGAGGCGGCACCGCGUCGGGGGGGAGCGUCGGGAGGGACCGGCGGCCGCGCGGCAACCGGAGAGGGAGGCCGCCACGCAGGAGCCCCUGCUGGACGCGCGAGGCGGCGGCGGCGCCAGGACGCGGAAGAGGAGCCCCGAGGCUCGCGGCGGCACGAGCCGGGGCGCGGGGACCGGGCUGUCGGAGGCGCGCGCCGCGCUGGGGCUCGCGCUCUACCUGCUGGCGCUGCGGACGCUCGUGCAGCUCUCGCUGCGGCAGCUCGUGCUGCCCGGGGCCUCAGGGCACCGCGGGGAGUUCGACGCGCGCCAAGCCAGGGAUUACCUUGAACACAUAACAUCCAUUGGCCCCAGGACUACAGGAAGUCCAGAAAAUGAAAUUCUGACAGUGCACUACCUUUUGGAACAGAUUAAACUGAUUGAAGUGCAAAGCAACAGCCUUCACAAGAUUUCAGUAGAUGUGCAACGGCCCACAGGCUCCUUUAGCAUUGACUUCUUGGGAGGUUUUACAAGCUAUUAUGACAACAUCACCAAUGUUGUGGUAAAGCUAGAACCCAGAGAUGGAGCCCAGCAUGCUGUCCUGGCUAAUUGUCAUUUUGACUCAGUGGUGAACUCACCAGGUGCCAGUGAUGAUGCGGUUAGCUGUUCAGUGAUGCUGGAAGUCCUUCGUGUCCUGGCAACAUCUGCAGAAGCCUUACAGCAUGCUGUUAUAUUCCUCUUUAAUGGUGCUGAGGAAAAUGUCUUGCAAGCCAGUCAUGGCUUCAUUACUCAGCACCCCUGGGCCAGCUCCAUUCGUGCAUUCAUUAACCUGGAGGCAGCAGGUGUAGGAGGGAAGGAACUUGUAUUCCAGACAGGUCCUGAAAAUCCUUGGUUAGUUCAAGCUUAUGUUUCAGCAGCUAAACACCCUUUUGCUUCUGUGGUGGCUCAGGAGGUUUUUCAGAGUGGAAUCAUUCCUUCAGAUACUGACUUCCGUAUCUACAGGGAUUUUGGUAACAUUCCAGGAAUAGACCUCGCUUUUAUUGAAAAUGGAUACAUUUAUCACACCAAGUAUGACACAGCAGACAGAAUUCUAACAGAUUCCAUUCAGAGAGCAGGUGACAACAUUUUAGCAGUUCUUAAAUAUCUAGCUACGUCUGAUAUGCUGGCUUCUUCCUCUAAGUAUCGACAUGGAAACAUGGUCUUCUUUGAUGUGCUUGGCCUGUUUGUCAUUGCCUACCCCUCUCAUGUUGGCUCAGUAAUAAACUACAUGGUAGUAAUGGCUGUUGUUUUGUAUCUGGGCAAAAAAUUGUUGCAGCCCAAACAUAAGACUGCUAACUACAUGAAGGACUUCUUGUGUGGACUUGGCAUCACGCUGAUUAGCUGGUUCACUAGCCUUGUUACUGUUCUCAUUAUAGCAGUGUUCAUUUCUCUUAUUGGACAGUCUCUCUCAUGGUAUAACCACUUCUACGUCUCCGUUUGUCUGUAUGGAACUGCAGCUGUAGCCAAAAUAAUAUUCAUUCAUACCCUUGCAAAAAGGCUUUAUUACGUGAAUGCCAGUGACCAGUAUCUGGGAGAAGUAUUUUUUGACAUCUCGCUGUUUGUGCAUUGUGGUUUUCUUGUAACUCUCACUUAUCAAGGACUUUGCACAGCAUUUAUUAGUGCGGUCUGGGUAGCAUUUCCAUUGCUCACAAAGCUUUGCGUGCACAAGGACUUUAUGCAGCAUGGUGCCCAAGGAAAAUUUAUUGCCUUUUACCUUUUGGGGAUGUUCAUUCCAUAUCUUUAUGCGUUGUACCUUAUCUGGGCGGUAUUUGAGAUGUUUACACCUAUCCUUGGGAGAAGUGGUUCAGAAAUCCCACCUGAUGUUGUGCUGGCGUCAAUUAUGGCUGGUUGUACGAUGAUUCUCUCUUCCUAUUUUAUUAAUUUCAUCUACCUUGCCAAAAGCACAAAAAAAACCAUGCUAACUUUAACUUUGGUAUGUACAAUUACAUUCCUCCUUGUUUGCAGUGGAACUUUUUUCCCAUACAGCUCCAAUCCUGCUAAUCCGAAGCCAAAGAGAGUAUUUCUUCAGCAUAUGACUAGAACAUUUCAUGACUUGGAAGGAAACGUAGUUAAACAGGACUCUGGAGUAUGGAUCAAUGGGUUUGAUUAUACUGGCAUGUCUCACAUAACCCCUCACAUUCCCGAGAUCAAUGACACCAUUCGAGCCCACUGUGAGGAGAAUGCACCCCUUUGUGGUUUCCCUUGGUACCUUCCAGUGCACUUUCUCAUCAGGAAAAACUGGUAUCUUCCUGCCCCAGGAGUUUCUCCAAGAAAUCCUGCUCAUUUCAGACUUCUUUCCAAAGAAGAGACACCUUGGGAUUCUAUAAAGUUGACCUUUGAAGCAACAGGACCAAGCCAUAUGUCAUUCUACGUUCGAGCCCACAAAGGGUCAACACUUUCUCAGUGGUCUCUUGGCAAUGGCACCCCAGUCACAAGUAAAGGAGGGGACUACUUUGUAUUUUACUCCCAUGGACUCCAGGCCUCUGCAUGGCAGUUCUGGAUAGAAGUGCAGGUCUCAGGAGAACAGCCUGAAGGAAUGCUCACUGUGGCCAUUGCCGCCCACUAUCUGUCUGGGGAAGACAAGCUAUCCUCCCAACUGGAUGAUCUGAAGGAGAAGUUACCAGAUUGGACAUUUCCCUCUGCCUGGGUGUGCACCUAUAAUGUCUUUGUGUUUUAAUCUUGAGGAUGAGCCCUAAGUACAUGCCUAGUGGAUACUCCACGUGAUAUGGUUUCUCCCGGUUAUGUGGACGUUUGUAACGUAAGUCAGUGAAUUACUGAGUUAUGAGCAUAUGUUCAAACAGCUUUUUGGGUUAAUACUCUUCAGGGCGAAGGACUGUAAGUGUUAAGCUGUGGGACAGUGACUCAUGGCCUUUUUGACACUUGAAAAUGCCAGUUUUGUGGCACUUACACAUAUCUGGGUACUGCCACUACACACACUUCAUUUUAUAUGACCUUAAGGACAGACAGAAGCCAACAAACCACUUUAAUAGCUGUCCUUCUAGGGUCAUGAAAGAUGUAGACUGUCAGAUCAUUGCUAAUGACACAAAAGUCAUUUCCAAUUAAAGCCCAAGAUCAUUGUGUCAGUGGAUAAGAGGUACAGUAUCAUUCACUCGGGUAAUGAUUCCCCUGUCAUUGGAAGGUAGUUGCCAUAAGGACUGGGGAAGAGGCACUCACUGGGCCUUUGAGGCCCCAGCCUGUGCUGAGAGCUGUAUUUCUUCAGGCAGCCUCUUGGAGAGCUUUCAGAGUUGUGUCUUUGUACUGAAGCCUGGAUGUGGAGCCCUGUGUGGAGUUGGUGACUCACUGUCCUGACAAGCGGUCACUCAGAUCCAUUGCUGUGCUUUCUUGAGAUGGCUUUCAAUGCCUGUUUUUCUCUGAAACAUAUCUGUUCCCCCUCUCCACCUUACCGAUUUGAGAAGGGGGAACAUUUGUCCAGCUCUAUUUCCCUCUGGGUUUUCACAGGUUCUUUUGGUUCAGAAUAUUUUUUGUGCAAGUACAGGACCUUAACUUCUUUCCUCAGAGCACUGACUUGGUGGUAGGGUUGGGCAUGGUGGGCAUUUUAUAAAUAUUUAUUCUCUUCGUUUCAUAGGAGUCUUUUGAUACAAGGCUAAUUCUUUAGGACACAGUCUUAUUGAUGCAUUAGGUCUUCCUUUUUGUUUUCCAGCCAGUUGAAUAGGUUAGUUUCUCUGUAACUUACUGUCCAGCGGGGCUGGCUUUCCCAAGACUUGAGAUUGUAGCAUGUACUAGAAUGAGACCACUGUACCUGUUGGUGCAUAACAGCAGUACUAGGACUUAAAGGAGCUUUUCAUUUUGAAGAUGGGCAUGUUAUCUUGUGAGGCAUAUCAUAGCAGCACUUCUCACAGCUUCUUUGUUCCAGCAGUGAGAGGGUUUGGUGAGAUCAGUGGUAAACUAUGCUUUCUUUUUUCUAUUAGGAAAUGUCAACAAUUGGACAAAUUUGGAGUUUAGCAAGCAUACAAAAAAAGUUGAAAGAAAAGCCGAAGUAAAAAAAAAAAGCUAGACUUUUCUCAGGUGAUGGGGGAAUAAGAGGAAUGCUUCUCAAAAAGUGGUCCUCAGAUCUGUCUGAAUAGAAAGAACACAGUAAGUGUUCAAGGAGGAAACUUCCUUGAAGAUCUUGUGCAGUGUAUAUGCUUUCUUAAUCAUGUUCCUCAUACUACUUGCAUGAUCUGUGGCUCCCUAAAAACGAACUGGGCCAACACAGACAGCAGGGCCGCUGCCAGAGCUGAAUGAUAAUGUGUUGGCUGUCACAUGCAUUGACACUGCACAUUGGAGUCAGUGCUUUUCCUAGACUUUGCAGAAAUCAGUCUCAAGUGCUUCAAGUGUCUGGUUACUGCUACAUUUAUCUGUCAGGUAGUACAUAAGGUCUGCAGGAUUUAUAGCUUGUAUAGACUCAGUUAUGCAGAAAAAGUAAUAUCUUAAUGAACUUCAAAACACAAGCAUAUUUUCUGUCCUUGUGGUUAAUCUAAUAUAGAUUACUAGAACACCUUGUUUCCUGUGAUUUUUUUUUUUUCCUCACCUUUGGGAAGGAUGCUGUUACCCAUUUUUGGUAAUAAUUACAUGGUUGUUUCUUUUGCCUUUGGGUUAUUUCCCUUAUGCAAACAAUUCUCUUUUGGUUUUCUUUAGCAUUAUGAAGCUUUAAUAUUGUCAGUCAGUAAAAAGAUGCUCACUAGUUUCAGGGCAUGCUUAAUAUUCUGGGAAGUUGUUUUAAUGCCAGACACAGUAUUCAUGGCUCUGUUAAUAAGCACACUGUGUCACAUCGUCAGUAGCUUCUGAGAUUAAACUUAUUUUUUUAAAAAAAGGAAUAUCCGUUUCCAAAAGAGUCUUUUCAAGCUCUAACUGAAAGCAUUAUUUUCUACAUAAUUUAAAGUAGCACAGUAUUUUAGGGAAAUACUGCUUAUUUAGAGAAAGUGUGAAGAAUUGUCAUUUUAAAGUAAAGUAGCUCUUUCUUAUAUCUGACCUAAGAAUGAUUGAGUGUUGCAUGAAGUGUUUCUGUUUCCAUAGUUUAGCUGAUAUAAAUAACCAUCAAAGGAGAUUUCCUUAGGAUGUUACCACUGAUGGGCCACCAGCUGGCUUGCUGACUCAGGGAGCUAUAGGAAGAAGGGCUGUUUGUCCAUUUCUUCUUGCUGACUUGUUGAGGAUUAAUUAUUGCCUUACAAUGUUACCAAAAUAAACUUCAACCUGCUGGUUGGUAUCUUUUUACCAGAAAAUUGCUGUUUUCCUGUAUCCCCAUAUAUCAAGGGUUAUUUCCUGUCCACAGAGCCUUUUAAUUAUUGUUAAAAGACCUAGAUGGCUCAUGUGGGUAUAAUUGCUAUUUUGAUGGGUGAUGUAAGCAAAACUCAAUAUGGAAAUGUUAGUUUACUUCAGUUGAAAUCCUUUUUUGCCUUGGAAUGAAAUGGUGCAUCUGAAUUUCAUGGAAAUGACUUAGUUGGUAAACACUG